CCAUUAUGCAUGCACAACGUAUUACUAUAACUUAAAUGAACCUCUAUAUAUUUACUUGUCACUAAUUCUGCAUGAAGGGAGCUCGAGCUAGCUAGGUACUCCCAUCAGUUAGCUUAACCAUAUUAAUUAUAUAUCCUCGUUAAUUACUCGAUCUACUUAUAAUUAAUUAGUUGCCACAUUAAUAAAUCAAUUUAGUUAUAUAAAAAGAAAUUGGUUAUAGUAUGAAGAAGCACAAUUUUGUGAUCGAGGGGGUGAGCAGAUUGCCCCCCGGGUUCCGAUUCCAGCCAACGGACGAGGAACUUCUUUUCCAGUACUUGAGAUGUAAGAUCUUCGGUCUUCCUCUCCCUGCCUCUGUCAUUCCUGAGGUCCAUUUCUCCAACUUAGAUCCCUGGGAGUUGCCCGGUGAUUCAAAGGAAGAGAGAUAUGUCUUCACCAAAAGGGGAGCAAAACACAAGAAUGGAGAUCGAAACCACACCAGGGCAACGAAGGCAACAAACUCGGGUUAUUGGGAGGAGACCGGCUCAGAAGAACACAUGUCCCCUCCUCCAAACCAAAACUUAGGAAUGCCGAUCAAGGGCGUGAAAAAAACACUAGUAUUCAAUAUAGGGAAGUCUCCAAAUUACACUAGUCCAACUGAUUGGUUCAUGCAUGAAUAUAGCUUAGUCUAUAAAAAUCACCAAGGUACUUCAAAAAUGGAAGAUUGGGUCAUUUACCAUGUAUUUUUGAAGCAAAGGGUUGAAGAAAAUGAUGAUGCAAUUAUGUUAGACUAUGAUAAUAAUAAUGGUCAUUAUAACUUAACUUCAAAUAUUGAUCGUUACCCUUGUUGUUCUUCUUCUUCAUCGUCGUCGUCGAAUUCUUUUGCAGAAGUUUCUUCAUAUGAUUCACAGUCUGAUGAAGAAAGUAGUUAUAAUUUUCUGUAAUUUAUUUGCUAUUACUCCGUAGAAGGUUAAUUAAUUAUGUGUUAUGGAUUAUUAGGUUGUGCUUAAUUACGUACGUACCUACGUAGUUCAUGCAUUUUAUUAAAAUGUUAUAUUCUAUUAUUAUUUCUAAUUAA